AUGACAGCUACCACAGAUCGGAUAGAUGGUGAAGCGAUCCUGGAGAUCGAAGCGAUUGAUGAUCGACCGCAACCAAGAGCAGGACAAGACGUCCAAACCAUUCAGUAUGGCUAUCACGAUAAAGUUGAGCCGCACUGGGUGGAGCCUCGUAUUCUAAGGGUGUGGGCACUUGGAAUUGACGUCUCCGUUGAGUUCCGUCGCGGUAUGGAGAAGUGGAUCAUUAUGGAGGUUGUCUCCGGCAUCCGGAUCAUCAUACAAGCCGACAGUCGUUCGAGCUACACCAAGCACAAAUACAAAGAAAAACAUACGAAGGAGAUGAUGUGCGUGAAAGAACCAUGGGUUCUGGUUGAGAUGGGGAUGGUGGUCGAGACGGAACAGGAACCUCAUGCGGAAUUGUUGGCUGGGUCGCUGAAGACCGAGAACCUGACACUCCAGAAUUUGCAGAUCGCGGAGCAGAACCCCGAGGUUGAGGAGGAGCACCUCGAGGGGGGGGCUGACCCACGCGCUCGAGAGGGGACAUGGAGGCCUCCACGGUCACGUUGCAAAGAACUUGAAGCGCCUCGUCCUCGUUGCGCUAUUGCAGAUAAGCUGAGGUUUUGA